AUGUCUGUAGAUAUAAAACAACACACCGUAGAAAAGAUGAAACUUUCAUGGUUCACACUUCAAGUUAACGAUUCAACUGUUAGCGACGGAAAAUGCUACAUGAUAGGAUUUGUUCGUUUUAUUGUUGGUUAUGAUAUUGUAAACCAGUUUUCUUGUCUGAAAGAGUUAAAAACAAGUACAAGAGGCAAAGACAUUUUUGAAACAAUCAAUUUUUUUUUUGAAAAUAAUGGAAUAUCGUGGAAUGACUGUGUUGGAAGUUGCACUGAUGGAGCUCCAAGUAUGACCGGGAAUAUCAAAGGGUUUGUUACCCUCGCUAAAAUGAAAAACCCAUUAUUAAUCGUUAAUACUCACCGUUUCAUCCACAGAGAAGCGCUGAUGACAAAAACGGUGGGUAGUUAUCUCAAUUCUAUUUUAAUUAAUGCUGUUCGUAUUGUCAACUACAUUAAAGGAAAGCCCUUGAAAAGUAGGAUUUUUGCCGAAAUUUGUACUUCGAUGGAUGCUGGUUUUACAAAUUUGUUGUACCAUACCGAAGUGAGGUAG